CAGAUAUUUCCCAUGAUAUUUUUUUCGCCUGUCUCCUCAAAAGAGAUGUUGCUCCCCCACUGUGGUUAAUAGGAAGAGGGGGGAGAGGCAGCAUCGCCCAAACAUGUGACCCCUUUGUUAGAAUGAGAUAGUGAGGGUGUCCUCAGACUGGCUCAGUAACCAAUAGAUGGCAGUAAAUGGACACGGAGAUACCAGCUGCCUAAACAAACAUAAAGGGGGUUAAAAAAAUAGGAGAGAGAGAGGAAAAAAAAAAACUUCUACAAGAUGGCGUCUGACUGGAGGGAGAGGGAGCCCCUCUCUGCAUCGCCUGGCUGGUGAGAGGGGGGCACGGGCAGCCUGAGCUGGGGGCUGCACACUUCAUGGCGCUGGGAAGGAUAUCUCUGCUGUGGGGUUUGCAGUGGGCUGGCUGCGUCCUGGUGGUGGCUGCAGGGGAGAGUACGUGGCUGGACCUUACCUGUCGCCGUUCUGGCCCCACACACAGAGUACUUCUGCCAGGCCAAGAGACCCUGCUGCUAUGUAACCUGGACAGAGUGGAUGGAUCUUCUAACAUCACAUGGUGGAAGGAUGGGAAACAGCUGAACCCUGAGGAUACUCCCAGUGUCCUACCUAAUAUGUCAUUGCUAAUAUCUCACGGUGAAGGGAACAACAUUGAAGGACGUUACUUCUGCACAAUCCACACAGCCUUUGGGAUAGUGAUGGGCAGAACUGGCACAGUCAGCUUGGCAAAUCUUUCCCCCUUCCACUUGCAGCCUGAACCUCAGACUGUACCAUAUAACAGCUUGGCGAGGUUUGAGUGUGGCAUUAGUGGGGAACCCCCACCAGAAAUUACUUGGCAGAGAGACCAGGCUCCAAUCCCCAACAAUCCGAGGUUGCUGAGCCUUCCCACUGGUGUCCUGCAGAUUUUGGAAGUGCAGGAGCAUGAUGUAGGUUUAUACCGCUGUGUGGCAAGCAAUGCAUUUGGCACCAAAUACAGCAACGAGGUUCAGCUGUCCGUACUCCAAGAUCUGGAACUCUCGACUGAGGAGCUGACCAUCACCCUACCUCCCCAAAAUGUGACAGUGGAAGUAGGUCAGAGUGCAGUUAUGGAGUGCAGUGCUGAGGGAAGUGGGACAGCUUUGAUCUCAUGGAUUCGGCAGGAUGAGAUGCCCAUCUCUGCUGAUGUCAUCAUACUGGGAGAGGCCAAUCUCCUAAUUCCACGAGCCCAGCCUUAUCAUGGAGGGGUUUAUAUAUGCCGAGCCAACAAGCCUCUUAGCAAACAUUUUGUCACAGCCGCAGGCCAGCUUCGUGUAUUGGUCCCUCCAGUUAUCAUUCAGGUGCCGGAGACAAUAACAAGGGCUCGAGCUGGCACUGCUCGCUUUGUGUGCAGAGUAGAUGGGGAUCCAGAACCCACAAUCUCCUGGUUAAAGAAUGGGCAUACACUACACUCCAAUGGGCGAGUGAGAAUUCAGGCCAGUGGCAGCCUGGUCAUUACACAGAUUGCUCUGGAGGAUGCAGGCUAUUACCAGUGUGUAGCAGAGAAUGGCCUUGGUAGGGCAUGUGCCACUGCAAAACUGUAUGUGACGGUGCACCAAGGUCUGCCUGGACCACCGCAAGCAGUGAGGGCAGUGGCCGUAUCCAGCAGGGCAGUGACUGUUAACUGGGAGCAACCAGAGAGCAACUCGGAAAGGGUCAUAGGAUUCUCUCUUCACUACACCAAAACUGGAGGGUCUGAAAAUAUGGAGUAUCAGUUUGCUGUCAAUAAUGACACCACAGAAUUUCAUUUGAGAGACCUAGAACCUGCAAGCAAUUACACUUUUUAUGUGGUUGCUUAUUCCCAACAGGGUGCAAGUCGCGCCUCACACCCAGUCACCGCACAGACCUGGGAUGAUGUUCCCGCUGCUGCGCCCUCUUUGUCUCUGAUCAGCGACUCCCCAACUGAUAUCCACGUCAGCUGGCUUCAUCUCCCCUCGGAGCUUAGCAAUGGGCACAUUAUAAAAUACCGCAUUGAAUACUACACCCAGCGGGAGGAUGUUAUCACCUCUGUGGACAUUGGUGGGAAUGAGACACAGGUCACACUUAGCCCAUUGCUGCCAAACAAGAUGUACAAAGUGCGGAUCUCGGCUAGCACGUCGGCAGGAUUUGGAACCUUCUCUGAAUGGAUUCAACACCAAACUCCAGAUCUGGACAAUCAGACACAAGUCGAUCAAUCGCCAAUGCAGUUGAAAGUAAGUGCCCACACCAAUUCACUUUCUCUCAGCUGGCAGCUUCCCCACAGCGAGCACUUGGUCUCUGGUUUCAGGCUGUAUUGCCGCAUGGUGUGUCCUUCUCUGGAGUUGGGUGGGCCUUGCUCACAGCAUGGGAAGACCUGGGACAUGGGACCAAUCAAACUGAAGAAGAGGCGAAGACAAUACGAAAUAACUCAGCUGAUGCCUGGGCAGCUGUACCAAGUCAAGCUGGUAGCAUACUACAAAAAGCAAGAAGGACAAACAGCAGUUUGGGAAGGGAUAACCAAGCAAUUACCAUCCUCACCACCAGACCUUAUGAAGCAGAAGAUUCCCCCAAUGCCUCCAACUCACAUAGAGGCUGAUUCCAAUAGCUCUACUUCCGUGUGGUUAAGGUGGAGGAGGCCACAUUUUGCUGGCAGCAAAAUUGUAAACUACACGGUGCGCUGUGGCCUCCUGGGAGCCAAAAACAACUCACUGACCACGUAUCACAGCAGUCCCACCGAGGAGAUUCUGAUCUCUGGCCUGAAACCUUAUACCAAGUAUGAAUUUGCAGUUCAGUCCAGUGGAAUCGGCAUUGAUGGCCCAUUUAGUAAUACAGUGGAGAAAAUGACAUUUCCAGACAGACCCUACUCGCCUCCUUCUGAUGUGGAAGUACACCCUGUGUCACAGUUUUCAGUUCAGGUACACUGGCGCCCUCCUAUGGAGUCCAAUGGAAUAAUUGUGCAGUACCUUAUCAUGUUCAGCUACAACAGCAGCUAUCCAGAUGAAAAGUGGACUGUUUUGAUCAAAGAAGGUAACGUUUUCAGCACAGAUGUGUCAGGUUUGCAAAGUGGGACCAAAUAUUACUUUAAAAUGGGAGCAAAGACUGUGUCAGGUUUGGGACCAUACUCCAGUUUGAAAGAAGUGGAAACUAUGCCAACACGAUCGCCGGGUACCGAAGCAGAUGUCCUGGAUAUGAAUUCGGUAACUGGGAUCAUCGUGGGUGUCUGUUUAUGCCUUUUGUGCUUUCUGCUCUGUAUGUGUGCCAGCUUUCAGCAGGGAAAACAGAGGGAGGCAGGUUCUGAUCUGGGGGCCCGAUCCAGCAGAGGACCUGUAUCUUACCAGCGAGCAAGGCAGGGGUCUUGUUCACAAAGCCACUGUCAAGACUCACAUGAGCUGGAGACACUUAUGCCAGCUCGUCAGGAAGACCCCCCAUCUCUACCUGUGCCAGAAGUAACUGACUUAAUAGGGGGGCAUGGAAUAGUCACAAACCCUCCACCGGAUGACAAGAAUCAAUUAAAGAUAAAGCCAUCAUGGAAUGGAUCUGUUACUCAGAACUGGGCCAAUCACAUCACCAGUUAUUCAGAAACCAUUACAGGAGAAGCAGGAUCUGCAGUUAAUGGCUCAGCCAAUUCCAUACCAUUAGGAGGCCUAAGAAUGACCUUGCAUGACCUUGCCUAUGAACCAAUAAAGCAGCUGGAUAUUGCCAGAAAUCACAGGAACCCAAAUCAGAACCAAGUGGAGGCGGACGUCAUUGUACAUUCUGACUUUUCAGCCUCAGAGAGGAGUGGGCGCUGUAUCGGACUGGAGUCUGAAGAGGAGGAAGAGGAGUUAAGUAUGGACCAGGAAAAGGGUCCUACUGGGGAUCUAACCCUAGUAUCAAGCCCAGUUACACAAACAUUGGUAGUGGACAGUGACUGUGAGGGCUUGAGUGAACAGCCUUUAAUAUCUAUCAGCCCAGAAAGAAAUUCGGACUCCAAAACUCCCCUAAAGCAGCCUCUUGUUAAUGGCUUCCACAGGGGUGUAGACACUCAGGAGCUUCAAACACCUAAGAACAUUGAUUUCAAUGUAGAAGAAGGAGAUACACCACCAGAGAAUAUAUCAAUCACAUCCAAACCCCAGCAAGAACUUACACUGAACAGCCCUGCGAAACUGUGCUCUAAAUCGUAAACCAAGGGAUUAUGGCUCUAGCUUUGAGUUGGUAGAAACAAGUGUGCAUGUGCUGACUACAAUUCAAAGAUGAUCCCUUCUGGGGGAGGGGUAAUGAGAACCAAAUGCAUCUUUCUGCAAAACUGGAACAAAGACAAGCCUCCGAGGAGUGUGUGCAGCCAUGUUUUGUAGUCAAAAGGUGCUCUGACCUGUGUAAUCUUUCUAAUGUCCUUUUAUAAAGCAAUGAGUAUUGAAACGCACACUCACUUCAUAACAAUGAAACAAGAUGCGAGCAGCAAUGGAAGAUAGACCCUGGCGGAACAUUCAGAUGGUCCAAACAGCUUUUGUAUUGUGAAAGCAAGAAUCUUACACCUAUACUCUUCAGCUGCUGUUAAUCCCUGGUCACUCUAUGGAUCAUGGAAGCUGCAGUUCCACAAACGUUUGAGACCAGCAGGUUGGCUGGUAUUAGGAUGUAGCGGUUCCAAUUCUGAUUCAAGAUUGAUGGUUGAAUGACAAAAAAUAUUUGCUUUCAUGCUGAAGAAAUGUUGUACACAACAUACUCGAAUGCUCAAGGUGCCACUGUGUGCUUUAGCCUCAUUGAUGCAUUUUGUGUCACAGCUGAAAUCGCAAAACAAGUUGCCUUCUUAUGUUUCAAGUGCGGAAGCUCUUGAAGAAAUUGUAAUGAAUAACAUGUCCUCUAUCAGCACUCUACAGCUCUCCGAAAAAUGUAUAAUAUAAAAUUUGGUUCAAGCUGCACAAGGAGCUUUCAAUAUUUUCCUUCACCACUGAGAACAGUACCUGCCUGAUCUUAACUGUUCAAUAUAUGAUAGAGAAUCUCUGUUUUUGAAACCUUUGAUUACAUUCCAAAUCCAUUACAUAAUUGUCUCCAUCAGCUUAAUGCCAAUUAACUGCUCACUCUCAUUAUUUUAAUUCUAUACAGCCUAAUGCUUACUGGGCCAAUGCAGGAUAUCAGCGUCAUAGGAGCCGCACAACUCUUACUAUUAUAUUUGAAUAAUCAGAAAUCCACGGGCUGAACAAAUCCUCUUCCUGUCAUCACCCACAGAAGAAGUAUGCAGCCAUUUUAUUUGGUAGGAGGGCCCCUGCUUUCCCAUAAUGCUUUGCCACGCCAGGCAUGACAUUCCACCUAUAAAACUUACGGUCGGUGCUACACCAUCCCAUCUGUGAUUAUGUCCACAUCAUACGCACUCUGUGAGUGCCUCCUCACCAUCCACUCCAACUAUUUUCUACCCUCCCUUUUGGUUAUUGCACUCACUUUUUUUUUUUUUUUAAAUGGGGUGUGAAUGUACUUCAUGAUUUUUCUGUAUUUGACUACGGUCCCUAGAAGUUGGAAUUUCAGUUAUUUUCGAGAUAGUACUUUGGGUGGCUGUGGUGUAAAGAACACAAAGCAAUUCUCUCACCUCCUGUACCCUCAAGUUAUAUCUUCUGAACUGCCACAGUAUUUUCGUUAGUAUUCAUUUGAUGAGAAAGUCACAGCAGUACAGUGAGCUCCGGGCUAGUAAUUCCAGAGGAAGUCAUUGAGGUGUUGUCUCUACGCAAAGCAGUGCAUUGCUCGAACCUGGAGUAAUUAUAGGAUUAACAAAUGAGCUAAUGAGUCUAUAUAGCUAACCCUAGAUAGCCGAAAUCUAUCAAAGGUUAAGUUAUGGGGGGGAGGGGGGGGGGGAGGGAAACAUUAAAGAGGCUUGCAGGAAUGUCCUCAUUCAUUGUGAAUAUGAUUUAUGAACUUUAAUACCUGAUGCAGGGAACAAAAUAUGUCAGUGAGAUCACUGCAUUGCUGUCUGAAAACACAUAUUUUUUACUCACUAAAAGUAUGUUACAAAUGA